AAAAAAAUAUUUAACUCCGAGUGUUCCAUCAAAUUUAACUGAAGAAACACAAUGCUCUGCAAAACUACUCAUCAAAGUCAACAGAGGAAGCACAAGGCCGCCAUGGAUGGCAGCAGCAUCAGAGUCGACUGGACCAACCUUCCACCCCAACUCUACCAACUCAUCGCCCAAAACCUCAAAACCCACAUCGAAGUCCGACGAUUCCGCAGCGUCUGCAGCUCCUGGCGUUCUUCCAUUCCUCCUUUCUGCGCCUCCAUAUCUCCCAAUUUCCCUUUCCCUCAUGGGCCCACUGGCUUCCUCUCCCAAAUCACCGUCUACCUCACCCGGCCCGACCCGGAUCCGAAUCUGAAUCCGAAUCCGAAUCCUUUCUCGUCGUCCUCAUCGCCUUCCUCCAAGGGCUGGUUGCUGAAGCUCGAAGAGUGCGCGGACAAGAUUCGCCUUCUGAAUCCGAUAACCAACUGGCGGGUCAGCUCUGUCAAGGACGACGUUGCAAGAAAUCCAACGGAUUUGAACCUGGUGGACCUUAACAUGGUGGAGCUGGGCAAAGCAUAUGCGCUGAGAUACACAAAGGGGUCUGGUUCCAUUUUUGGUAUAAACAAGGUGAUUGUAGCCCCUAACUUUAAAGACUGCUCAAUUUUCAUGAUCUACAAUGAAGGAAAAUUGGGUUUUGCCCAAAUUGGAAAUGAGGAGCUCACACUCAUCAAUGACCAAAUUUCUGAUUACGAUGAUUUGAUUGUGUACAAGGGUCAGCCUUGUGUUGUUAACAAAUGGGGUCAAAUUUUUAGGAUCAAUUCGUCUCUGGAAUUGGUGCCUUUUUCGCCUCCUAUUGGUUUUGGUUGCAGAAAGAAUUUGAUUGAGUGUUGUGGAGAGCUUUAUGUGGUGGAUAGGUACCUUGGUGCUAAUCAGCAACAUCAAACAUCACCAAAAAUUCAUGUUCGUAAUGCUAGUUUUAAUUUUUUUCUUCGCCAUCCUCUUCGUCGUGGUCGAAGAAUCUACGAAGCCGAUCAGCCCAAGGCAAUUGAUUUCAAGGUCUAUAAGUUGGGUGAUGAAGAGUUGGGGGGUAGAUGGGUUGAAGUGAAGAGCUUGGGGGGUCAAGCUUUCUUCUUGAGUAUUGAUUGCUGUUUCUCUGUUUUAGCUGCAGAGUUGGAGGGGUGCAAAGGGAAUUGCAUUUACUUCACAGAUUCAAAUGACAUUGGUUUCGCGUUGAGAGAGUUGAUCAGAUCAGAUGGGUCUGUUUUCUGCUUGGAAGAUCAUAGCAUUAAUUGGCUUAGUUCUUCCCCUGUUUAUUCUCAGAUGUUUUGGCCACUCCCAGCUUAAUUAUCCUUUGGAUUAAUGGAACUUGCUUCCUGCUUACAGGGGAAAGAGGCUGGAGGUUCCAAUUUCUCAUGAAGAAUGAUUUGUAAAAUUAUCUACAGUGUAAUCUAAUGUUGUAAUGGAUUUGUAAAUUAUACAUUUAUGUAAUGCAAGGCACUCUCUUGAACUUGUAUCUUUGUAUGUUACUAUUUAAUGUUAUGUUGGUUUUCUAGGAUUUUGAAAGGAAUUCUUAGGAAUUCCCUCCGAAGACGUUACUAGACGAGCUCUAGAAGUUUUUUUUGGUUAAUGUAUCUUUUUGGCAAAUGAGUAUUAAUGGUAUUUUUUUUUCUGGUAA